AUGAAUAAGAUUUGGAAGGAGUAUAGGGCCCCCAACGGGAAGAAGUAUUAUUACAACACUGAAACUAAGAAGACGACAUGGGAGAAACCUGAAGCUGCCAAAAGAGAGGAAAUUGAGCCCGUUUUCGUGAUAAGAUUAAUGAAUGACUGGAAGCUGGUGAUAUGUAAUAAUGGAAUGAAAUACUACUUGGACAACGAAAAUGAGCCUACAAAAGAGUUGAGUGAUGAAGAGUCUUUGAGACUGAUAGAGUUAUUUGAUAAAGAGAAGCUGGUAUGUUUGAUUGGAAUUGCUAGAGGUUAUGCUAUUGAGAAUGUUGAAAAGAUAUACGGUAAUAUCGUUGAAGAAGUAGAAUUUUUGAAGGAGGAUAUGAAGAAUGAACAGGAAAGACUAAAAAAAGAGGCGGAAUCAGAAGUUAGGGAAAUAGUACUAAAAGAAGCAGAAAAACCUCGUAUGAACUUAGUAGAAGGAUACGAUUCAUCAGAAAGUGAAGAAGAGGAAGAAGAAGAAGACGACUAUGAAUUUUUGAAUAAUGUUGCAGAUGAAGGUCUUAGUGGGGAUAAAGCUAAGUUUAUGGAGUUAUUCGAUAGGUAUGGCCUGGAUAAAUUUUCUGAGUGGUCUAUGGAAAUGAACAAAGUGUCUAAGGAUCCCGAUUUUUACUUGGUGACUGACGACCAAGAACGAGAAGAUCUCUUUGAAAGAUGGUGCAGCGGACAAGGCAUCCACUCUACUAGUGAUGAAGAGGCAAAGGAGGGAGGAGAACCUGAAGAGCACGAAGAAAGGCCAUUAGAGCCCACAAAGUUCCAUUACUUGUCCCAGAUAGUUUCUAAAAGCGAGAUUAGAAGGACAACCAUAUUUCAAGAUAUUAAAAGGCAAAAUAAGAGGUUAUUCAAAGAAUACAAGAUCAAAGAUUUCAUCGAAUCCUCGAAAGAACAGGAAAAAUUUGUCUCCAAGUUACUCUUCUAUUAUAAGACGUUCCCACAGGUAGAAGACCGUACCAAACAAUUCAAUGAUUUUCUCCGGGAGAAAAAUGCGAAUUACACCUCCAUGUCAGACAUGAAUACACUUAGUGAGCACAUCAAGCGCAAUGACACGUACGCCAUCGAGACGACACUCUUACAAAUAGAGUGCAACUUCCCACAGGAUGUUCUCUCAGAUGUUCGAUACUAUAUACUUGAUUUGAAACAGAAAACCAUCGAAUUAGUGAAAAACAGUCACGUGAACGAGAAAUGA